AUGAAGAGUGUCUUAGUCUUCCUCCUCCUACUGGUACCCAUGCGUGCUGGAUCUACUUGGAGUGGGAAAUAUGCAGUAGACUGCCCGGAGCCUUGUGAGAGCACUGAAUGCAAGAACCCUCUGCACUGUAAGCGGACAGUGCUGGAUGACUGCGGUUGCUGCAGGGUAUGCGCUGCAGCCUUGGGGGAGACUUGCUACCGGACCGUCUCGGGUAUGGACGGAGUCAAAUGCGGCCCCGGACUGAAGUGCCAGUUUUAUUCCGAAGAAGAUGACUUUGGGGAUGAGUUUGGUAUCUGCAAAGAAUGUCCUUAUGGCACCUAUGGACUAGAAUGCAGGCGAACAUGCAAUUGUCAGUCUGGAAUAUGUGACCGAGUAACUGGAAAGUGUUUAAAGUUCUCGUUUUUCCAACUGGCGGCAUCAAAACCCCCUAAUAGACGGCAAUUAAUUUCACAUACAGACAACGACAUGGCAUCUGGAGAUGGAAAUUCUGUAAAAGAGGACAUUGCCAAAGAGAAAGCUGUUCACUCACCAAUAAUAAAAUGGCUAAAUCCUCGUUGAUAUCAGGCCACAUGUGCAGGACUUUCAAACUUUCUUUCUUCAGAACUGUUGGAUGUUCACAGAUCACUUUAAGAAAGGUAGAUCUCCAGCA